AUGGCCCCUGGCAUCUGGUCGCUGACUCUCUGCUUGGCUGUUCUUGGACGGCACAUGCUUAGCACGGCCCUGCAAGAUGACGCACGCAUAACAGAAUCAUUUUCAUUCCAUAGAUUUAGCAGCAAAGAUUCUUCUGGCUCUAGGCAUGGCAAUACAGCUCCGUAUUCUGAUCACGACGACCUGACCAGAAGAUCCAAUGGCCCUCUUCAGGACAUACUUGAGGAACCUGAGCAUCCACCUGGCGUCAUUGUCCGUCCUGACAACAGAAACAGACAUAUUAUGACGUUGUCAUCUUUUAAAGCACCAACAACAUCUCCUGAAGGCCCGCCAGCCCGGCGGAGAAAUCUCCGGUUUGGUGAGCAUUCAGAUUUGGUGACGGCGCGCACAUUAUCGCAAACUGAGACGGAAAAAGGCCAGAUCGAGAGACCUUUUGCAGGCUUAAAGGCUAACCAUGGAAAGGGUGAAAGAGAGAACCCCAACGUAUCGGUGGCUUCUCUUCGGCAAGAUAAAAUGGAUGAUCGAACGACGGCGCCUUUAAGCAGCAUUUACGAGAACGAGAGCGAUUUUUACGGGCCAGAUGACGCUGAUGUGGACGAGAAUGAGAAGGAACACGAAGAACUCACUGACGAAAGCGCGGAGACGCGGAUAGCACGUGAAGAGACACGCACGAUCAAUGAAGUCGUUGGCAGUAUAUCCAUACCUUCUCCCUUGGCUCAUAGCCUAUUGUAUCGGACGAGAGAUAUUUCUAACCCCCUGAAUUUCGCAAACUUCCUUGCAGAAGGCCAGGAGUGGCUCAUUCCAGGUGCAGGAAGUCUUUGGGAAGGUCUUGGGCGUCACGUAGACUCACUUUUCUCCGGACUGUUCUUAAAAACUGCCAGUAUUUUACCAAAUUAUCAACGCAAUGUGAUUAUAUGCUACAAGGAGUACAAGCCAUCAAUGUGGAUAGAAAUGCUAGGCCAGAGGAAUCGAUUUCUUCGCCAGCUCGCUUCUUUGUUUCAAGGUACGCAUCGCAUGCAGUCCGUCUAUCUCCGCAACCUCGGCAUGGAAAUAUUUGAAGUUCCCCCUUUGUGGCGUGUUCGUGAGUUUAUCUCAACCGUGCUGAAGUUGAAGAAUUACGUGAGCCACGUAUACACUGACCACUUGGUCAGCGACUUUGACGACGAGACCCAAGUACCUCUACCAGGAGACGCCGGAGUAGGAGAAGUAGCUGCGGAGCCUCUGGAUCUUCGUCGCCUUGAUGCCAUCAAAAGUGGGCAGCAUCGCAUGGCCAGUAUAAACAGGGCCCCUAGUCGCCGGCUGGAGGUCAUGACAAACGAUCCCUUCACUUGGCAACAGUGGGCUAUCGUAGACAGUGGCCCUACGAGGUGGGGUAUUGAGGCCCCGAACGCAUGGGAAGUCUGGACAGGCCAGGGACAAAAGCCAAGAUUUACAGUUGCCGUAAUAGAUAGCGGUGUUGAUUAUGAACACCCGGACUUAAAGAACCAGAUAUGGCGGAACCCUGAUGAGAUCUGUGGCAACGGCAUAGAUGAUGACUUUAAUGGAUUCGUGGAUGAUUGCAUAGGCUGGGACUUUGUAAAGGGGACAAACUUACCAAUGGAUGACAAUGGCCACGGUACUGCUUCUGCUGGAAUCAUUGCAGCCGAGCCGAAUAAUGGAAUAGGUCUUACUGGGGUCUGCUGGGGGUGUGAUAUCUUAAUACUGAAGGCACUGAAUGAGGAUAUAAAGGGGACCAUAAGCGCCUUUGCGAGGUCUUUGGACUACGCUAUUGGAAAAGGGAUAAUGCUGUCAAAUAACAGCUACGGGGGUAGGGGUAGUGGUUUCAGAGGCCUUCAAGAAGCCGUUCAACGAGCGCGACAGGCAGGAAUGAUUGUCGUCGCCGCUGCAGGAAACUACAAUGGAAAUAAUGACAACGACAAGCAACCUGUAUUCCCAGCGUCCUAUGAUCUUGAUAAUGUCGUUUCCGUGGCAGCAAUAAGCCGCAACGGCCAGCUUGCGCCAUUCAGCAGUUAUGGGAAGAAGCAAGUCGACGUCGCUGCACCGGGUGCCAACAUCAUGACAACAUCGGCCCGAAGGAGCUACAGGUCUGUCAGCGGAACAAGCUUUGCUGUACCUAUGGUGACAGGCACGCUUGCACUGCUGUGGACGCGUCUUCCGCAACUAAACUACCGCCAGGUCAUUCAACGGAUGCUACGAAGCGUGAAGAAGAACCCUCAGCUUGAAGGGUUGAUCGCAACUGGAGGCACCGUUGACGCGUGGAGCACGCUAGUGAAAGAAGACUUAAUAGACCCGUACGCCGCCCCUCCCGUUCUUCCCAUGACAUGUGCCUCAGCUUCUUGCAGCCAAUACGCGACCUGCUCCGAUGCGCAGGGAACAGCGAAGUGUGUAUGCAAUCGUGGGUUCGAAGGAGACGGAAAAUUUUGCAAGGAUAUCGACGAAUGUAUUUUUAGUCCAUGUGGGCCUGCCUCCGUGUGCGUUAACACAGUCGGCAGCUAUCAGUGCAAGUGCCGAAAAGGAUUCCAGCAGACGCGGGAAGCAUGUAUAGACAUCGACGAAUGCAGCCUCGGGAUGCAAAGAUUGAUUCCACCUCCAUGCCCGGCACAAGCCCGAUGUCACAACUUCAGCGGGACGUUUGACUGCAUUUGCCCAGGGGAAACAGCAUGGAACAGUAUUUCAGGAUCUGCGGCUCAAUGCCUCAGAAUAAACUCCCCCAGCAGGGGACCCUGCGCAAAUAAUGGCGGAUGCGGUGCUAAUGCUCUAUGCCAGGCACUUUUCACGCCAGAGCUAACGCGAAAGUGCAAUUGUGUCAACGGGUUCAAGCCCCUCCGCUUGGGUAGUCGGGAGAUUGCAGUCGCCAUGGCUAAAUCCAAAAUGACUUCAUUUGACAAUACAGUAUGCAUCCGUGAAGACAUUCUUCCAGAAGAACAGGCGUACUACAUCAUAACUAUGCACCGAGAGCGGCUCAACCAGAUGCGGGAGUCUCCGUUAAGACAGACCACCGCAGGAUACACUGCACCGACAACAUUUUCCGGGGCACCACGCAUGGAGCAUGCCAAUGGCAACGCUUUUCCCCAGCGUGCUCCUUACAUUCCAUAUCCACCUUCAUCAGGACUGAUGAUGCGAUCGCAUGCUGUCUCCCCUACUGCUCCAGUGCAGGCUCUGCCCACGGAAACACAGCCUCGCAUGCCUUAUCAGGCUUCUCCUCCAGGAACACUUUUUUUGGCCGACUCUGUUGAACCCCCUUCCUUAGCAAAAGAGAGGCUGUUACCAAAGAGCUCUUGCUUGCUGGGCGUGUGCUUCCGGUAG